AUGGCAUGCACUGCACAGCCGGCCACUUCAGUGGCUGCUGGGAAUACACAGGGGAAAUGGUGGAAAGACGGUGUCGUUUACCAGGUUUAUCCCGCUAGCUUCAUGGAUUCUAACGGCGACGGCCUGGGAGACAUCCGCGGCAUCACUUCCAAGCUCGAUUACAUCAAAUCAAUCGGUGCCACUACUAUUUGGGUCUGUCCACAUUAUGACAGUCCGCAAUUUGAUCUGGGCUACGACAUCUCAGACUAUGAAUCCGUCUUUCCACCGUACGGGACGUUACAAGACAUGGAUGAUCUUAUCAGCGGAUGCCACUCUCGCGGAUUGAAAAUCAUCGUUGAUCUAGUCAUCAAUCAUACCUCGUACCUGCACAAGUGGUUCCAAGAAUCGCGAUCGUCAAAAUCAAACCCAAAGAGAGAUUGGUAUAUUUGGCGGCCAGCCAAGUACGACGCAAACGGAAGGCGGAUACCCCCAAACAACUGGCGAUCCAACUUCAGCACGAAUGCCUGGACCUGGGACGAGGCUACGCAGGAAUACUACCUGCACCUUUUCUGUCCAGAGCAGCCGGACCUGAACUGGGAGAAUCCAGAAACACGCAAGGCCAUUUAUGCGUCCGCCAUCGAGUUCUGGUUGAAAAAGGGGGUUGACGGCUUUCGUGUCGACACGGUAAAUAUGUAUAGUAAGCCAAAGGAUCUUCCUGAUGCACCUAUCAUCAACCCGAAAGCAGAGCACCAGGGCGCUGCUAGCUUGUACUGCAACGGACCGAGAAUGCACGAGUUCUUGUCCGAGAUGCACGAUGUGAUGGCACCGUACGAUACCAUGACAGUUGGGGAGUGUCCCAACACUCCUGACCGCUCGAAAGUCUUGAAGUACGUGUCAGCUGCGGAGAAACAGCUGGAUAUGGUAUUCCUGUUUGAUGUUGUGGAUGUGGGACAGGGCACGGAGACCAAAUACGACACUACUCCUCGUAAUUGGACACUUCCAGUUCUCAAGAAGGCAGUCAACAACAGCCAAAGCCUGAUUAUUGGUACAGAUGCGUGGACAACCUCUUUCAUGGAGAACCACGAUCAGGCGCGAUCUAUCAGUCGUUUUGCGUCAGACGCUCCUGAGCACCGUGUCCAUUCGGGAAGGAUGCUUGCGAUGCUCAAUGCGACAUUGUCAGGUACUCUCUUCAUAUAUCAAGGUCAAGAGAUUGGUAUGAUCAAUAUGCCGGAGGAUUGGCCGAUUGAAGAAUACAAAGACGUGGAGUCGGGCAACUUCUACAAGUAUGUCGCUCGGGCCACGAACAGUGACCCAGUAGCCCUUGCGAAGGCAAAGGCAGCAAUACAGCACCUGUCGCGAGACCACGCACGAUACCCGAUGUGCUGGGACUCGACACCUCAAGGGGGCUUCUCAACGAAUCCCAAAACGUGGAUGCGUGUGCAUGACUUGACAGACGAGAUCAAUGUCGCGCAACAGGAAGCCGAUGAAGGGAGUGUGUUGAAUUUCUGGCGACGUAUGUUGAAAGUUCGCCAGGACUACUCAAAGUUGUUGGUUCAUGGUUAUUACGAGGUUCUUGAUGAAAAGAAUGAGCACACCUAUUCGUAUUGGAAGACCAGUAAGGAUAGCCGGGCUUUGGUGGUACUCAACUUCACCCACAGGGCGCAAGAUUUAGAGCUGCCGAAAGUGGAAACAGGCGGCCGGCUAAAUCUAGCCAUUUCAACGUAUGAGCAUUCUACUGGUGCUUUCGAUUCAUUGAGACCAUACGAAGGGCGACUUUAUAUUUUAGAAUGCGAGACGUAG